CAAUGCGUCCUACGUCCGCGUACCGCGGUGGUACCGCUCGGCUCUCAACAGCGGGCUUCGGGCCGGCGCCGCCCACCGCCAGCAGACAGCCCACCGCGCUGACGGGCAUCUCUAUGAUCGACAGACCAAUAACGCAACAAGGCAUAUCGGGUCUACGUACAGGCACCGCUAGAGGGUUCCGCACCCGCCAACUCCAAGACAAGCGAUACUGGGAGGAACUAAUGCAUGUAAAGGUGCGAGAGAUGAAAGCAGAGAUAGCGAGAUUGUCUGAGCGGGCAGAGGCGGGGGAACGAGAGAGGUCUGCUAAGAAACAUUAUGAGAAGAGGGUGCGCGAAUUGGCUAAGGAAUUGACAGAUUUGCAAGGACGACUAGCCGAUUACAACACAGCAAUAAGAAUUGCAAAUGGUGAAACAACUAAACAAUCAGUCGAAGAGCAAACAAAAAAACUCGAAAGAAACAAUAAAAAAUUACAGGAGGAAGUUGAAUUGGUCUUUUUAGAAAAACAGAGAAAGGAAAAUCAACUGAGACAACUGCGAGAACAAAUGGACAAGGAGCAAUCUGCACUGUCACAAAUUUUAACAGAAAUGACCCAAGAGCAGAAAGAUCAAUACAACGAAUUAAAUUCUGCAGCUUUUGCGUUGAGAGAGGAAGUAGAACAAGCAAGAUCGCAAAUAGACCAUUUGAGCAAAGAAAAGGAAGAGUUUUACAAGGAAAUAUCUUCAUCUCAGUUAAAAAUGCAUCUCCUGGAGUUACACAAACGAUUAGCAGCUGCUGAAGAGAAACGUGAUAAUUUGAAGAAUGAAAUUAAUAAUCGUCUUGACCCACAAGAAGAACGCGAAAAAUUGCUAUUACAAGUACGUGAAGAUAACGCUGCUAUAGCAUCUCUAGACAACAAUGCGGCCAGUCUGAAGCAACAAAUAAAAAAAGUGCAAGAAUUGAUUGAACAAGCAGAACAAGAUUUGGAGGAAGGAAAUUCGGAAAGACACCAAAAGUACCGAGAACUUAAAAAGAGGGAAGAAACUAUGGAUGCGUUUCUAACAACAUACGAAGAAAACGUUAAAAAAGAAAAGGAGAAAAUAGAACAAUUAGAGAAGGAUAUAGUUUUCGCGUUAGAACAUAGUAGUUCUAAUAUAGAUUUGGAUCUAAGCGAGAUAGAUAAUCUUAAACAGAAAGACGGUUACACGUCCACUUAUGAUGACAGUAAGAAAACUAUUGAAAUGCUUACUAAGGAUUAUGAAAGAUUUCAAGCUAAUUUAAAAAAGGCUGAGGCGACACGUGAGCGUCUUGCUACAGAACUGCAAACAUUGCCAGAAAAAACACAGGUGAUGAAGGAAGAGCUUGUCACUUUGUCGGAUUUAGAGAAACUGAGAGAUGAAGGUGAAGAACAAAAGAAAGCCUUGGAGAGUGAGUUAAGUCAAUUGAAAGAAAAAUUAGCGCCUACAGAGAGCGCUGUUGUCGAAGCAUCUAACAAAUUAAAGAAAUUGCAAGCAAGUCUUGAUGGAAACGAAAUGUACGCAAAACUGAACAAUUUAGAGGAACAAUUAGCGCAACUAGAAAACAGAAAGACUAUAUUAGAAGAGGAUAUUGCAUCUAUUACGCUGAAAGCUGAUUAUGAACCUUUGAAGAAGGAGGCUAUGGGCGAACUAGCUAUGUUAAAUAAAAAGAUUAUUGCAGAUUUGAAUAAUAAAUCUUUUUGAAUUUACUUAAACUGCGUACCAUUAUAUUAUUCGUUAUAAUUAUUAAUUGUAUUGGAAGAACUUAAUUAUUUUACGUUAGUAGUGUUAAGUUGUUUUACUAUGAUAAUAUGUAAUUUUAUUAUGUAUC